CCCUGAAUUUUUUUUCGUUUCAUGGUCCGAAGAUACAAUUCAACCAACAGGAGAGAGCAGGAGAAAGCGAGGACGACAAAACGCAUAAACUGAAAUCGAAGUUUUUUAAAACGUUGCCGUGCAAGUUUGCAGGUGGUCUAGGUGGUGGAUGACGACUAGUGGCAUCUGAGGAGCCAUGGUUGAAGACACUCCUACUGUAGAAACUGAGGAGCAGGUAGAUCUUGAUGGUGACAACUACAUUGAAGAGAUGAUGGAUGAUGACAUUGAAGAACCAACAGAGGAGGGCAGAGUUGAAGGAGGUGAGGAUGAACAUGCAGAUGAGGAUCAAGAGGCCUCAAAAACUGAUAGUGGCAUCAAUCCAUCUCAGGAAACGGACUCAAUUCACCAUGCCAUUGAAUCUGUUGAGGAUGAAGGGAAGCCUGCUCCUCCUAUUGAGGAAGAAGACAGAGAGAAACGUGCUGAGCUUCUUGCCCUUCCUCCUCAUGGUUCUGAGGCCUUUAUUGGUGGACUUCCUCGAGAAGUCACGGAAGAUGGUUUGAGGGAUCUAUGUGAACCAAUUGGUGAGAUUGCAGAGAUAAGGCUGAUGAAGGAUAAAGAUACUGGAGAAAGUAAGGGUUAUGCUUUUAUAACAUUUAAAUCAAAGGAUUUGGCACAAAAAGCCAUUGAAGAGCUCCAUAACAAAGAAUAUAAGGGAAGAACAUUAAGGUGUUCACUCUCUCAAGCUAAACACAGGUUGUUUAUUGGCAACAUCCCAAAGAGCUGGACAGAGUCUGAAUUUAGAAAAGUCAUUGAGGAGAAUGGUCCAGGAGUUGAAAACAUUGAACUAUUGAAGGAGCCACAAAAUCCAAGCCGCAACCGUGGUUUUGCAUUCAUUGAGUAUUACAAUAAUGCCUGUGCUGAUUAUGCCCGACAAAAAAUGUCAAGCAUGGAUUUUAAGCUGGAUGGCAACACUCCAACUGUCAGCUGGGCUGAUCCUAAGAGUGCACCUGAUUCUUCCGCUGCAGCCCAGGUGAAGGCUCUUUAUGUGAAAAACUUGCCCGACAAUACUACGCCUGAGCAAUUGAAGGAAUUAUUUCAACGGCAUGGGGAGGUUACAAAAGUUGUUCUGCCUCCUGCUAAAGCUGGGCAGAGCAAGCGGGAGUUUGGAUUUAUCCAUUUUGCAGAAAGGUCAAGUGCUUUGAAGGCUGUUAAAGAAACAGAAAAGUACAAAAUUGCUGGCCAUGUAUUAGAUGUUUCCCUUGCUAAGCCUCAGAAUGACAAGAAAUUUGAUUCGACUUAUUCCAAUAAACCUGGAGUGUUUCCAAAUCACCUUCCAUAUGCUGGUUAUGGUUUUGUGGGAAAUCCAUAUGGAACUCUAGGUGCAGGAUAUGGUGCUGUUACUGGAUUUCAGCAGCCAGUCAUAUAUGGUAGGGGCCCAAUGCCAGCUGGUAUGCAAAUGGUGCCAAUGGUUCUACCUGAUGGUCAGAUUGGAUAUGUUCUUCAGCAGCCUGGUUCACCGGCUCCAUCCAUGCCACCUCGGAGGAAUGAUCGAAGCAGUGGCUCUGGUGGACCACAAGGACGAGGAAGUGGUAGUGGUGAUGGCAGCCGUAGCCGAAGGUACCGUCCUUACUAGCAUCAGCUAAAAGUACGGUGACGUCCUCUAGUUAGAUAACAGGCUGAGAAGUAACAAAAGGAAGAUUAAGUGGUUUAACUCUAUCUUAAGAAAUCUGAGAGAUGUUUUUGUGAAGUGUUUGAUGUCCUGAAAUUGUUUUUUUUAGUGGCAUAGAAAGGUAUAUUUUUUUCCAGAGUAGUCUGCAUUUCCAUAUCAGAGUGCCAUCUGAGUUCUCGAAGUCUCUCUUCUCUCUAUCAAAACUAGGUUGCAAAAUUGUCCACAUUAGUGUAAUUUUAGGAUCA